UUCCAGUUCGACUUCGGCAUCGCUGUGAAACAGACGUAACUACGGCACUGUUGUUUAAGUGGUUGUCCGCAAGUAGAUUCCUGUGUGUUCUGUGUUGUAAUCCUAUAUCAUCCAACCUUGGAGAUUGGGUAACUAUAACAUAUUACCAAACCGAAGACUGAUGUAAAAUUUUUAAAGUUCUUGUAAGAACUACCUACAAACGACGGACAACCACAAAAGUGAACAUCGGGGCCUCAUGGAUUUUUAAUCCAGGCCGCCACAAAAAGGUGGCAAAAGAAGAAAAAAAAAAAAAUACUCUGAGCUAAAGACGUUUCACGUUGGUUUGUUAUUGAUUGACACUAUCUUGUUAGUAAACCGUGUUUAAUGGUAGAGAGGUUAUGAUUUGUGUUUUUUAUAGUAAAUAUGUGUUUAUUAAAUUAGUAAACUAUAACAUUUGUAAAACUUAAUAUUAGGUAGUGUAUAAUUUGAAAAAUGUAUUGUGUAUAAAGUAGCAAGACAUUACAGAACUAUAUACACCCCAACAAGUUUGAGGUUAGCCACCAAUUCGAAAAAUAAACCUAUAGGCCUAGUAGAAAUCAUCUGACACUCAAAUUUUACUUUCAAGUAGUAAUUAAUAUCUCUAAUGGAAUAUCAUUAACAUCAUACAAUGGAUGAGAAGAUGUCACAAGCUCUACUUGAUAAGGGACAAAAUUUAAUAUCUGUUCUUAAUAUAAUUUCUAGUGAAGAUUAUAGUGUUUCUGAUGACACUAUUCUAGAUAAGCUUUUUGUCAAUCUUGAAAAGAGUGCAGCGAUCAAAGAUGUCUUAGAUUUACUAUAUCCUGAAAUUGUCAACUGGUUGCAAGAAACUCUCUAUGGAUGGAGUUCUGGAGAGAGGAAACUAUUUCAUGGAGUUAAAACGUUCAUUUUUCGUUUUAUUGGGUAUAUAUGCUCAACAGUCAAAGGACAUAAAAUCCUACAAGAAAAGAAUAUUCCUUCGCUUGCCUUCGAAUUGGUUAAAAAGGAGAAUGCUGAGCCAAGUCUGGUGGUAGCUUUCAUUGAUACACUCAGGAUGCUAUUAAAACAUCAUGAUGGAUACAUAUGGGUAACUAACACAAAGAUUUGGAGAUAUGCAGUAACUUCAUACUAUGAGAGUAAAAGUAUAUAUAUAAAGAGAGCAUCACUGACAUUUACCUCAUCAUAUUUGACUUCAAGCUCCGCUUACGGUACUAGUAGUGUAAACAUAUUCACUUUUAUCUGUGAACCGUUGAUUGAGAAUAAUAUUUUAAUUGUGAAAGACAUUUAUGAAGACGUCUUAACCUCAACGUCCAAUGAACAAAAAACCAUUCUAUUUGACAACACAGUAGAUUUUAAAAAUUCAGGUUUUAAAUGUGCCUCUUAUCUUUGUGAAGUGUUUGAAGAUUUAUCGAAAGUCAAUGCAUCUCUUCCUACAAAUUUAUUCUUGGUUUACCAAACUAAAAAUGGUGUAGAAGAAAGUGUCAUAUUGUCAGAUGUCCUGAGUCAUAGUUCGAUUUAUCAGAGGCCGGAAAGUGAAAUUUUUUCACUUCUACUGAUCAUCAUUGAACUGAACAAUGGUCUUCUGAAGAAAGAAGUUGAACCUUAUCACUGUGGUUUGGUUAAAGCGUACAGUCAGGUUGUUUCUUUAAUAAAAUAUUAUGCUGCCCAGUUUAAUUUUAAAGCGAUUAAUAAUAUCUGCGUGUAUGCUCUUCGAUGGCGUGCCAAAUUGUUAAAAAUACACAAACAUGACCAUGACAUGUGUUCGUUCUGUGACUCAUUUAAAGAUUCAAUUAUGUAUUUUGUGACUGCCUGUUUCCAUUUACACAUCUGCUGUUUUGGUAACAGUUACUGUUUUUGGAAAAUAGAUGCUGAUACCAAUUUUCAUGACAAACUUCAACAGUUGAUGGGGAAGGAUUUACUGAGAGCGUACAGUAGAGAAUGUUGCUGUGUAAAAAAUGCAAACCACUAUUUGAGUGUACAAUAUAUCCAGUCUGCAGUUUUAGGACUUAGAAGGUGCUUGCCUUAUUUGAGGCAGAGAUACGUUAGUUUAUUAGUGCGUGAUGUGGUUCGCACACUCUUAGCCGCCUUUACAUAUUAUGGGAAUAACCGGCCAGAAUCAUACAUCACAUCACUUCUAGUCUAUUUGUUACAUCUUGCAGGUGAUAUUAUUGAGUGGAACGCAGAAUUCACCAUCGUGGACACACCUGAAAAUAGAGAUCUGUAUGUACUGGUCUUAAAAAUUCUUAACGCAUCAGUGAAAGAUGAAAGGAUAACUAUCACUGCCUUACAAGUUUUGAACAAGAUCGUAAAACCUCACCUACUGUCUGAUGUUCUAAUAGCUGACGAUAAUGAUGAAUAUCUUAUACCAUAUGCGAAGGAUCUUUCAAAUCGUACAAUGCAAUUAGAAUCUGUUAAUUGGGAGAUUCGAGACACAACUCUUGAAGUUUAUCAAAACGUAAUUGAACUGGGACAAAUGACUGCUCCUUUUGUCCGCACAUUGUUUGAUGAUAGUCUGCUGAAACAGAUUUUGAAUAUGGCAAGCAAUGAUGAGUCCUCAUAUGUUCGAGCAUCUGCUCUCAAUUUUUACUCAAGUGCUGUGAGAACAACACUCCUUGACCAUACCAUUCCUCCAACUGUACUGUGUGAUUUAGCACUACAUAUUAUCUUAAGUGAUCGUAUGCCAUUAGUUCGCCAAGCUGCCUGUAACCUCAUCUCUGCAUUGUAUGUCACUAAUGUUCAAAAACCUUUGUGUGAACUCAGUGAAGAGAAUAGGAUGUAUGAAGUUAUGUUGGCUGCUGUAAUGAAUGAUUUGAACUGGGAAGUAAAGAACGCUGCCUUAAAUUUCUGGCAAUGUACAAUAGACAAACACUUGAUGGAGGAAAAUGUUCCCAUUAGUUCAUCUAUCUUACGAUGCUCAACGAUCGAACAAAAAAAAGAUGUGACUGUUCAAAUAAUCAGAGUUUUCAAAAAACUAAGUAAAAUUGGUUGCUUAAAGGCAAUCUGGUGGGGGGUGACAGAUAUCUCUGAUAUCACAGUAUGUAAUACAGCUGAAAACAUCAUUGAGUACUUAGAAAAGAUAGAUAAUCAGUGGAACAUCAGUCGUGAUUUCGACCUCUGUCACCUCAAAGAACCAGGACAAGAUUCAUCAUCUCCAAUGCAUUUUAGUGUGCAACAAUUUGCUGUUCUUUUUUUUGAAGACAAGAAGUGGAAAGAGACUUUGGAAUCACGCAGGCAGUGGAUUAAAAGCUGUGAUAAUUUAUCCUCUAUUUUAUCUGACAUUAUGAGUGCAGCCAACAACAAGACAGGUGAUCACGACCACAACGCUGUUGACUGUUACUAAGAAAUGAUGCUAUUGGAUUGGCUCUCCUGUCAUUUUAAGAAAUAUUGUGAUAGUAAACAAUGUUCCUAAAUUGUACAAUGAAUAUUAUUUAUUUACAUAAGUACACUGUAGAUUAAUGAUAUAUUUGAAUGUUUAAAACAUUUUAUUCUUAUUUUCAAUAUCAUACAAAUAAAAUGCAAGGCUGUAUUUUUUUUAUUUGCAGAAUAUUUUGUUAUGGUUAAAUUAAAAUUAAGUCUUAUAGAAGUUUUAACAUAUUUAUAAAAAGUUGAUUUUGAACCGAACCUUUAUGUACCGAAUACCAAAUAUUUGUGAAGUUGUUUUGGGUUAUGCCAUGUAGAAAUCUAUAGAAAUUAAUUUUUACAUUUGUUUUGAAAUAGGUUUUAGAGGCUGGGUGGCAUUCUUUGCCAGCACACCCAGAGCCAACUGUCAUUGAAUUGAUCACUUACCAUUGGUCAGGUUAAUUUGCACAGUCCUCUUUCCUUAUCUUUCAAUUUAAAAUAAUCACUACUCGUAGUAAUGAAAGUAUAAAAUUUCUACUCUGUUAACCCUCCAUCUGAUAACUAUUUCACUUUAAAAUGAUGGGGCAUUUUCAAGCUAUUUCUAUGGUUUGUUUAAAAAAUUAUGAAAACAGAAAUUAGUGAGAAAAUGCCCAGUGUUGUAUAUAACAUUGUUUGUAAGCUCUACAAGCUAGUGUCAAAAAUACAAACAAAAUUUUUUUAAAUAACAAAUUUGUUUCUUACCUAACAGGUAAUAAAAAAUUUCCACUUUGAGGUGAUAUAUAUGCACUCUAAAUUGUUGUAAUCAUAAUUUUAAAAUUUACAAAAUGUUCCAAUUUUAAUUUUGAGUUUAAAUCAUAUUACAUAACUUAAAAAAACACUAUCACUAAACACUUUAAAAUAAAAACUGUUCUGAAGGUAAAUUUGUAAUAUUAUUGUAAUAAUUCUAAAGUUCAAUGUUCUUUUAUCAAAAACUACUUAUAAUUAUUGUUGUUAAUUUGGUUCAAAUAGAAGCCUAUACAUAUCUAAUGUAUUACAAAAAAUUAAACUAUGAGAAAAAAUACAUAGCUCUUUAUAUACAUGUUUCCAUAACUCAAAAUACAGUUAGCGCAAUUAAGAUCCUGACUACUCUACUCUUCUGCAAUACAGUGCCUGAUCGAACUAGAUCGGCUAAGUUCACUCAUAAUAAAACACAAACUAAUAUGACAAACUAUUAAAACAAUCAAUACAAUAAACAAACAUGUACCGACUACAACAACAAACCAAAACAACUACUUACGUGCUACAGCUGAAUACCACAGUAACGGAGCAGUCCCAAUUGGCUGAUUGUUAUUUUCCCACAAUAUUUCAAAGACUUCCAAACAUCGAUUCCAGUUAUAAUGGUAACAAGAGAAUUUAUUCCUCUUUCGUACUAUAUAAAUACAACUUUAUCGCAUAUCUCAUUAUAGUUGUUAUUUGGCAAUAACUAAUGAUCGUACAGUGCAACUAUAUUAGUACAGAGACGGGUGUAAUUGAGUUGCAUCAUUCGACUUUAUUAGUUGAAGGGUUAAAUAAUUCAAGUAAAUUUGAAUGUAAAAAAAAUACUUUCCUGCUUACUCGGACAAAGGUAGAUAUCACAAGAGGCAUAUUUAUCUCGAAAUGUGAAACUGAAAUGCAUUAUAAGUACAUUACAGAGUAUAACUGAGCUUUAGCAAAGUGGCAUUAGUAGAUAGGUACAGAGUAACUUUGAAUUAACUUCACCAAAUAGUUGUUUAUGGCCAAAACUCUUUAAGAACAUUUUCUGUACCUAUCUACUAAUGUCGUAGACACCAAUUAUGUUAUCAAGGAACAUGUAGUUUAAUUGUCCAAACAUUCUUGUAAUUUAAAUCACCUGAUGAACUUAAUUAACCCUGUGGUCAAAAAGUGAUAGAUGAGACAUUGGCAGAUAAGUGAGGAGCUUAUUAAUACCCAAAGGUUCCUUCUUAACUAGCUCACAUCCAGUAAAAUACAGUUUUUGUGCUGUCAAGAUGCUGUGGCACUUAGUAGAUGUAUUAUUUAUGUGUUAUUGGUACAAUAUUUACAAUUGUUUAGUAUUUCUCAUUCAUUUUGAAACUGACAUUAUUCCUUUGGAAUGUAACAUUAUAGUGUUACUUAUGACUGACUGUAUUUUCAAUUUUUAUACUGUAUCUUAGUUAAAAAUUGUUAAAAGUAAGUUUUGAAAUUGUUAUAAAGGAAGUUUUAAAUGUUA